AUGAUUCAAGGAAUGCCAAGGUGCAAGACUUAUAUGGAUUGAGAGAAGAUCGCAUAUAUGGUCAGAAAGAGUGCAGAUAAUGCUCUCAAACAAGAUUUGUUCGUCUGUUCGAUGUGUAUGAUGACUCAUUACUCUGACCAGGUUUUAGAGCCUAUCCCUGAGAUUGAUCCAAUUACUGAGUGCCUCAACAGUGGUAUGCGGACUCAAAUGUUGUAUAGGUGGCAUAGUUUACCUAGGAUGCACAUUCAUGAGAGAGUAUUAUAUCUACAAUGAUGUUACCGCACAAAGAGUUGGCCUCUACAGGAAGAGCUCCUCAGGCCACCCAUCAAUUAUACUAGCGAUCAUUACAUUGUUGGUACUCAUAGUGAGCUUCUAAAAGAGGCUUGGCUUAGACCGUGUGCUAGUCUCUUCUAACCCUCCCUGGCCGUUCAUUCAUGACUGAAAGGAUGGUUUUGGGUAAAGAAAACCAGAAGAGAUCUUAGCAUAAAUAUUAUUUCAUCAAUAACACCAUUUGA